AUGACGGUUGUUACGUCAUUUCCGGCAGCAGUCGCCCUUUCCGCCAGUUCGGCUGCGCUACCGGCGCGUCUCUUUAGCCCGGUGGUCACCGGCGCGACGACGGCGGUAGGCCCGGCUGCGCGGACGACCAAUCGCGCCGUACGACUAGUGGGGGUGCCGGUCGCGUCGCGACAUUGUGGGAGGGGAGGGUUCUCCGCUGUGGAGCAGCGCGACGCAGGGGGCCGCAGCGCCGCGAGUUCUCCGUCAGAGAGCCGGCAGCCCGCAACGCGAGUGUUGCUGCCGAGCUUCGAUAUAAUCGAGAGGCCGCAAGCACUGUGUGAGAGAGAAUCGUCGCCGUCGCCGUCACCGUUGCCGCCGCCGUCGCUGCUGCCGUCGCCGCCGCCGUCGCCGCCGCCGUCGCCGCCGCCGUCGCCGCCGUUGUCGUCACCGUCGUCGUCAUCGUCACCGUCACCGUCGCCGUCAUCGUUAUCAUUGCUGUCAUCGUCACCGUCAUCGUCAUCAUUGCUGUCACCGUCAACGUCGUCGCCGAGAGCGACAGCUCAGCAGCCGCGGCGGAGCGCGAACGGGACGAGAAGCGGGCCGGGCCUGGUCCCACUCUGAGAGAGCAGACGAAGGGACCGACACACGGCUCUCGGAGACGAGCAGUCUUCGGUGCACGCGCGCCUCUUCAUCAUCUUGAGGGACACCUCGCGCGCAGCCCGUUCCUCAAGGGCGCCGUCACCGUCCGCCCUGCACCGCGGCAGCAGCGGUCCUCCGGGAUACCCGGAAGUCGGAACCCGGUUGAGGCUACCCGGCUCGAGGAACCUAGAAUAUAUUGCUGGAGGGUGUAACGAGUAACCAGCAG